AUGAAUCAAUGCAACUUGUACUACAAAUAUGUUUACGAAAUAAGCCGAAAGUAUAGUGUCGCUGGAACUCAGAAGUGCCGCUGUUGUAAGUUCGAAUAUAAUGUCAAGCCGGCCAAUCGCGGGCAACUCAGCCAGUGUUUAAAGGUGCGUGCUAGUUGCGCUAAAUCAAACUUCGUCGUACGGUCGCUGCACCUGGCUAUUAGGACUCUUAUGGAUUCAUUUACAAAUGACCACCUUUCAUGUCUUGCUGUAGUACAAGACUCUUCAGUCCACUUUUGGUUUCUACCUCAAGACAAAUUUACAUGUGCAAAUUUUUUGUCUACUAAUACUAGUAGUAGUAAUAGUAGUAGCAGCAGUAGUAGUAGUAGUGAUAGUGAAGAAAUUUCUGAUCCUAAUCUAUCAACAUACAAACCUCAACCAAUAUCAACCAGUCCGAUUAAAUCAAUCCAAUGGAAUCCUCGAUCAUUUAAGCUAGCUGUUAUUGAUGAAUCCGGUGAAUGUGUUUACCUUCAACAAUUAUUGUUUGGCAAAAAUCAUGACUAUGAGAGCACAACCUCCGAAAUACUGACGUUGAGUUUACAAUCUGAAAAUUGUACAGCCACGUGUAUCGGUUUCCCUAGAAGUUCAGGAAGGUAUCUAGCUGUUGGCAUUAAUACUGGCUGGGUAAAUGUUUAUAAUUGUGGAAACAAGCAGAUAACACUACGUUGUCAAUUACGCUGUACUAAUCUACAUCCAUUUAAUGUAUCAUCUAAUGGAUUUCAACCAAAGUGUAUUAGUUGGGUGUUAAAUGAUCGUAUUAUUGCUGCUGGAUACAAUAAUGGCUCUAUUGUCCUUUUCUUAGCAGCAUCUGAUAAAAUUACUCCAAGUAAUAAAUGUGAAAACUAUGUAUUACCAUUUCCUUGUCAAUAUUCAAAGUCCAAUAAUAGAAGGAGUACUUCUCCUCUUCCUCCUGAAUGUUGUAUUUUAAAAACUUCCAAAUUUAACAGUAAUCUCUUAUGCUGUGGUUAUUCUAAUGGUUCUAUAAUCUUAUGGAAUAUACAAUGGCCAGCUGUUGGUGAUACAAAUCAAUAUAUUUUAAAUUAUUGGAAUGUUAAAUCUUUUACUAAAAGUGUUAGUCAAUUAAGUUUAAUAGAAAAUUAUAAACGUUGUAUAAGCAUUGCAUUUUCAUCGAAUAACGAUCAACUGUUGUAUAGUGCUGGGUUACCAGAUUUCAAUUUACGUGUAUGGGAUAUCCUGUCGACAUCGUGUCAAAAGCAACAACAACCUGUCAAGUGUUUAUCCCCUGAGGAUGAACUGCACGGUUACCUGAGUGUUGAUGUCGCUUCAAGGACGCAUAUUCUUGCAACUGGUUUAUUAAAUGGUGAAGUAUGGUUAUAUAAUGUACAGGAUAUUUCAGCACCAAUUCAUUGUAUCUCUACGGGAUCAAGUGAUACUUCUAUUCGCCUACUUUCAUUCUCAUCCACUUUACGAGGUGAUGUAAAUGAGAUAGACUUUAGUACUACUUCUUCUUCUCAAUUAACCAAUGAGAAUUCUUACAGUAAAUCAAUUAAUAGUACUCAUUUAACAUGUAACAGUCUAAUUCGACAACCUUUAAGUGAAUUAACUAAUAUAAGAACAACAGCAGCAACAACAACAACGGAAACAACAGAACAGGUUGAAUCACAAACAACAUGGGCAGCAAUGCUUCAUGAAUUCUAUCAAUCAGAAUCGAAAUCACAAAUUACAAAUAUUAGUUCAUCAAAUCGAUCAUUGUUCGACGAAAGUCCACUGAGAGGCGGCGGCAGCGGCGAUACCUCUGAAGCAUUGACUCUUGAUAGCAUAAACGAGCAGUCAACAUCAGCAUUGAAAUCCCUUACAAGUCAUCAUGAGUAUGAUUCACUAUUAAAAGAUAAUAAAAGUAGUAUACCUCCAGUGCCGAUAGAUGGUACGUCUAGUCAUCAUACUACUGCUACUACUACUACUACUACCGUUGAUACAGAGAAACUACAAGACACUUUGCCUACAACAACUGCUGCUUCACAUAUACCAAUUGAAGCGUUAGACAAAUAUCUUAGUGUUCGCCUAGGAUCUAUGAUGUCUGAGUUAAACUGGUCGCAUAAUGAAUUACUCUACAAGUUUGCUCAACUUGAAUGUAAACUUGAUCAAAUGAAUCAGCUGUUAUUACAAAUGAAGCAGGAAAAUGAUGUGCUGCGAGUGGCAUUAACUAAACGUAGGCCUUUUUAAAGAUAAUUUCAUAUAUGCGUUUUGUUCUUUUCCAACGCCGCCUCUCUCCCGCUCUUUCUCUCUCCUGUUACCAUUUUUGUACGCUUGCUUCUGAUUUUGCAUUUAUCUUAUACAUACACACACACGCACAUUUGUACACUUUGUCUAAUUGAAGAAAAAGAUUAAUUUUGGAAUACGGUUUUAAAUAUUUUAAGGAUUAUCACAAUAUCUAG